AUUGAUAUAUUCCUUGGCCCCGCCCCUCGCAGUGAUUUCCCUGGCAGUAAUGCAGUGGUGUUGCAGGUGGAGCUGGCCCUCUGGGACACGGCGGGUCAGGAGGACUACGACCGGCUGAGGCCCCUCUCCUACCCCGACACUGAUGUCAUCCUCAUGUGUUUCUCCGUGGACAGCCCCGACAGCUUGGAGAACAUCCCGGAGAAGUGGACUCCUGAGGUGAAGCACUUCUGUCCCAACGUGCCCAUCAUUCUGGUGGGGAACAAGAAAGACCUGCGUAAUGACGAUCACACACGCCGAGAGCUGGCUAAGAUGAAACAGGUCAGUCCUGUAUGGAGCUCAAUCCCAUGCCUCUGGAGUUCUGUAUACAUCAAUAAUAUCUACCUAAGUAUGUACUACAAGCUAUCCUGCAUGUACAGUAACGUUACUGUCAGAUCAAACUUCUUUAUAAAUGUACCCAAUAUCAGAUUUCUGUGUGAACCGGUCGUAGUCCUGAACUGAGAAAACACAGCACAG